UUGUUUCUGCAAGAGAAAGUAUUCUUUGUUUCUGAGGCAGAAAAAGUAAACUGUUCAGAUCCAUUUAAAAUAGAUUUAGGAAGACAAGCAUUUCAUGGAAGAAUAAUAGUUUCUGUCUAAUAUUAGAAUUUUGUGCUAAGUGCCUGCAUUUUUGUUCACCGUACAACUAUGAGUAAUAAAAAAACUGAAAAGGAUAUACGUUUCCAACAGGAAUUGAAAACAUCUGUUGGAACCAUUGUUUGGGGGAAAUUAGGUUCAUACCAUUGGUGGCCAGCAAUAAUAAUUAAUUCAUCAGAUUGUGGUCAGCCAGAAGCAAAAUUUGGUAAUUUGUGGCUUUUUUGGUUUGGAGAUCACAAAAUAUCAGAAGUAUCUAGAAAAAAGAUUGUAGAAUUUACCUCACAUUUUUCCCGAAUGUUUGUUGGAAUUUCUGGGAAAAAGCUUCAAAAAGCUGUAUUUGAAGCUCUGGAAAUUUUAGCUGCAAGAUGCAAUUAUAAUUUUGAGAAUGUAGAAGCUUUAAUCUCUUGGGCUAAAGAAGAGUUUAAAGGUUCUGAUACAGCUUUGAUUUCAAGUACUGAUAUGCCACCUUUUGUUCUGAAACAUCUUGAAUACCUGCAAAAUCCUAGUUCUAAAGCAUUUGAAGGGGAUGAUGCGGAUAGAGAAUCUGAUUCUGCAGAAAAAAUUUUUAAUUCAAGCAUCCCAUUGAAAAAUAUUCGAGAAGGAUUAUUGAAAAUUCAAGAUAUAUGUAUUGCUUGUUAUAAAAGUGAAAUAGAGUUAGUUGCAGACCAUCCUCUUUUUGAGGGAAGUCUAUGUUUUGAAUGUAAAGUAAGGCUACAAGAAAAUAUGUAUGUCUAUGGAAACGAUGGAAAAAGUGUGUGCUGCAUUAUAUGUGCAAAGCCAGGUUCGCUGAUUCUUUGUGAUAAUAAGAAUUGUCAUCGAUCUUUUUGCAUUCACUGUAUCACACUAUUACUUGGUCCAGAUGAGAAAAAGAAGAUUGUGGAAACUGAUCCAUGGUAUUGUUUCUUCUGUUCUUGUAAUAAUGGUUGUGGAUUGCUACAAAUAAAAAGUGAUUGGGAAGAUAGAAUAAUGGAUUUCUUUCAGCCAUCCAAAAUACAUGUGCAAGAAUUGCCUGUGCAAAAUUUUGUUCCAAAAUCACCUAUAAGAGUGUUAUCACUUUUUGAUGGCAUCGGCACUGGCAAACUCGUUUUGGAUAGUCUUGGCUUUGAAGUUGAAGUAUACUAUGCCAGUGAAAUUGAUGAGGAUGCAAUGAAUGUGUCAAAACUCAAUCACAUGAAUUCCAUUACUUAUAUUGGUGAUGUUACUCAACUUACUGAAGAAAAACUUGAAUCACUGGGCCCAAUUGACUUGGUUAUUGGUGGCUCUCCUUGCAAUGACUUGUCUUUGGUGAAUCCUUUCAGAAAAGGAAUAUAUGAUAACACUGGAACUGGAAAACUCUUUUUUGAUUAUUUCCAUAUUUUGAAAACUGUUCAAAGGUUAAAUAAACAAAGGCAUGUAUUUUUCUUGUAUGAGAAUGUUGCUGCUAUGAGCCUACAGACCAAAAGUAUUAUAUCAACUUUCUUGAUGAAUGAUCCAUCUUUAAUUGAUGCUAAAUGGGUUUCGCCUCAAAUUCGACCAAGGUACUUUUGGGGAAACAUACCAGGAAUGCAUAUGUUCAAUAAAUAUUGUUCUUCAUUGCACAAUGAUGUGACACCUGAUUUGGGAUAUCAAGAAGAAAAACUUUUAAAUCAUUGCCUUUUAAAAGAUUUAGGAAGAAAAGCUGUGGUUGAAAAAAUCAGAACAGUCACCACACAAAAGAAUUCUUUAAUUCAAGAUAAUUAUACUCUUCCACCUGUUGAAAUGAAUGGAGAUCCUGAUGUAUUAUGGAUAACAGAACUGGAAAAGAUAUUUGGCUUCCCUAUGCAUUAUACCGAUACUGGAAACCUCAAUAUAAAAAAAAGACAAGAACUUCUUGGUCGAGCAUGGAGUGUACCAGUUAUUAAAGAUAUUUUGCGGCCUCUAAAAAAUUUUUUUAAAACCAAAGAAGAUAAUUUGUAGUUAUUACAAAUGUUAUGAAAUAAUUUCUAAGAAAUAUUUAAACAUAAUGCUUACUCUUAAUAUUUAUUAUUUUUAUUUUGGCUAUUUAUAUUCAUUAUUUAUAUUUUUUGACAAUGAAUAUUAAUUUACAUUGUAUCUGAGUAUUAGUUUUACACUAUAUAUUGCUCAUAUUUAGUUUUGCAGUCGACAAAGCCUAGUCACAUUUUGUGCCGAAAAUUCUUUUAAGACAACAACUUUCUGUAGCAAACAGGAAAUUUUUCCUUUGAAUUCAAAAUCAUUUGCUGAGAUUAACCUGUACUGUACAAUACAGUUUUUAUUUUAUGUUUUUCUAGUCUUUUUUUUUUUUAUACCACCGAUAUUGGAAUUUUUGCCAACAGCACUGAUUACUAUUGUUUUAUAGUAAAUUGAAAAAUAUUCAAUAAUCUUGAAGGAAAAAAAAUUUUUUUUUUUCUUUUAUUCUGACUUUCAGCAAACUUCGUUACGUUGCUAAAUCCUGCUUAUACAUAAACACACAUACAAAUAUUUACAAAGAAAAUUUUGUCAUUAUUCUGUAACAAGCGAUGCUCAUU